UGUUGCUCCUGAAUGGCGGUGAUGCGCUCGUGGAGUGCGCUGCUCGCUUACUGCAUAUACUUUUGAUCACCUCUAUAACAUCCAUGUAGUGUCUUGAAAGCAUUGCCACUUGAAAGCACGAUGUCGUGGCUUAAAUCUGUUUCUUUUAGCGGGGAAGAUGUUUUUGACGAGAACGCAGACGAGCUCCACUUACAGAGCAGAGAGUGGUCCUCCAACAUGAAGAGGAGAGUCCGGUAUUUGUGAUGGCGUGUGUGUGUUUGGCUGGCCCUGUGCAGGAUGGCUACGUGGAUGGAGUUGAUGCAGGUGAAGAAGCCUCUCUUCAGCCUGGCUUUAACCUGGGCUUCAAGGAAGGAGCAGGUCAGACUGUCGUCGUGGGUCGGCUCAAAGGAAUUGUCACUGCGUUAUGGUGUUGGUUUGAGAGCCAGCAUCCAGAAAGCCCUGCAAAACAAUCUGUGUCCGAGCUCCUGCAUCAAGUGACACAGCAUGAAGAAUCAAUCCUGGAGGAUAUCAAAAGGACUUUAGAAAACCCUCCGUCCAGUGUGAGUGACAUCUCUGAGGCCAUGGAGGACCUGGGAACAAUGCCGGCUGGAGGGGGCUGCUGUGGAGAGCAGUGCAAGGAGACGGACUGCUGCAAGGGAGGGGAGAAAAUGCAAACGGAUGUCCCACCACAGCCACGCCAAUGUCCAGGCUCCUCUGACACUUUAGACUCUGAAAAUAAACUUGCAGUGUUACUUCAGCGAUGUACACAAAUUGUGACAGAGCUGGCACUCCCUCCAGAAAUCACUGCCUACAUUGAGUCACUGGGAUGAAUCUUACAAAUAAAGGCAAGGCAUAUUAAAAAAAACUGUAAACAUCACAGGUUAUGUAUAUAAUUAAUACAUAAUGACAUUAUUUUUUGUCAUAUUUUAUUGCAUUGAUGUUGUUGAAGAUGUUGCUGCUUUAAAUUAAACAAAACAAAAUUUCCCAUUCUCUUA